GGCCGUAAACCCGCAGUUAGUCUGGUCUCCUGAAAAAUUCUUUCCCCACCAAGUAACCCGACCCAAACGUAACCGUAGAAACCUCUCUUUGUACAUUUUCCUUCCAACUUUCCUUCCCAAUUUCCGAUACCUUUCCUGUACUUAGGGCGUCCGUUUACCCAAAACGGUGUCGCUGCCCUACUCUUCUCUCUCUCUUCUUCUCCGAUCUCUCUUUCUCUCUCCUCUCCUUUCAUCCGCCAUUGUUGUCUGCUCAUCGCUUUUCUCGACGCUUUCUGUUUCAUCUUUACCAACGACAAUUAUUUCUGCUUCCCCUCAUUUUCGCGAUUUUCUGUAUUUCGAUUUCCUACUUUUCGAAAGUCCCAGAUUUUUCUGGCGCUCCUUUUUACGACAGAUCGCUAUUUCACUCCUUUCUCUUUCCUUUUUCUGAAGCUUUGAAAUCGUCGAAAAUCAUCUUCAUAUUCUAUUAAAUUUUUCAAUAGUUCAUUUUCUCAGGAUAUAGUUGCUGAGCAAUGGCUGGGGAACCUGAUAAGAAUGUAGAGAGUGUAGCUGAUAAAUCCGCCAUUGUUGCUGCUGGUGAUGAAAAACCCAAAGAUGAGAAGAAGAAAUCAAAAGAUGUUUCUAAGAAGAAAAAGGAGAAGGGGUUUUUGGCUCGAUUGUGGAAUGGAUUAUUCGGGUCUCGAAAAGACGAUUUCGAGCGAAGACUGGAGCGAAUUUCGAAAGAAGAGAAGAUAAUUAUUAGUAGAAUGAGGAGGAGAGCUCAGAAUUGGGGAAGUUUGAAGCGAAGUAUUAUUCUGUUUUCUGUGCUUUUGGAGAUUGUUGCUGUGGGUUAUGCUAUCAUGACAGCAAGGACAGCAGAAAACUGGAAGAUUCGGGCUUUUCGGGUUCUGCCAAUGUUUCUUUUGCCUGCUUUAUCUGCUAUUAUAUUUUCAGGGUUAUCAAGCUUCAUAAGCAUGCGUGAACGAAAGGAUCAGAAAACUUUGGAAAAGCUUCAGACUGAGAGGCAAUCAAAAAUUGACGAGCUUAAAGAGAGGACCAAUUUUUAUCUAACUCAGCAGCUUAUUCAGAGAUAUGACACCGAUCCUGCAGCUAAAGCAGCAGCAGCUGCUGUUUUGGCAUCCAAAUACACAGAAGGCACAGGAUUGAAACUCUCUCUUCCAGAGGAUUCUGAAGUUGAUGCUGGAAAAAGCAAUGAUGUUGAACUGGUCCAAUCUAGUGGCCUUAGAAAUAGGAAACAGCCACAAGGAAGAGGAACUAGCCCAGGAGGCACAACAAUUCAGCAUCCUGCUGAAACAUACCCACAAACAGGCAGUGAAUAUGCCCAGCAUAACCAACAGGCUUAUGUUGAUCAUUUUCAAGGGCAAGGAGCCACUGCAUAUAAUAGUGGAUGGUUGUCUCGGAUUGCAGCAGUGCUUGUCGGUGAAGAUCCAACCCAAUGUUAUGCUCUCAUAUGUGGUAACUGCCAUAUGCACAAUGGGCUUGCAAGUAAAGAAGAUUUCCCAUAUGUAACCUAUAUCUGCCCACAUUGCCAUGCUGUAAAUGGGCCAAGGAUCCAACAAGAGCAUUCGUCUGGUACCGAUGCUUCUAAUAUGGGUUCAGUUGUUUCAGCUGAUCAUGGCCAUGCUACCAGAGGUGUUGUUGAUUCUCCACAUGAUAACACAGUUGAUGAUGUUAAUGGUGAAACUGUUUCUACGCCUGCGCUUGCUAAAGCUAGUGAAAAGACUGAAGUACCAGCAGAAGGUAAUGAGAGUUGAAGACAUUGAUUGUUUUUAUGAAUGUGAAGACAUUUCCUGGUUGUUUGAAUCAGUUCAUUUCAGAAGGCAAGGGCUGACGGGGAUGCUGAUUAUGAAUAUAUAUGCCUCUAGUUAGGGGUUUUUGUGAUAUUCUAUUGUGGUUAUACUACUUGUAAACAUACAAAUGUAGGAUGUUUAUGACUGCAAUACAGGUGUAGUUUUUUCAAUUGGCCAGCCACUAUAUUAAAUUUGAGGCUAGCAAACUGAAUUUCAGUGCAUCUACGAGAGCGUGAUGAUUACAUGAUGAUGGUAAUGAGGAGUUUUCUGUGCUGUGAAAGCAGUAAUAUUGAUUUAUUGCAAUUUGAAUCUGCAUCAUGUAUGAUUUGCUGA